GACCAUCGGGUUCCCUCUGCAGCUGUUAUCCUGCGGGAAAGCAACCUAUUUGAGAUGGCAGGUCGUAUGAUGGGUCAUUCUUUCCUGCAUGGUGGGUUCAGCUUCUCUGGACUCAGUUUGCCUGUGGUGACCCUAUUGACUGGUGAGAGCAUUGACACUGCAGCAGCAGCUCUGACACUGGAGGACUGUCCUGAUAUUGACCAUCGUGAAACAAUUGGUUUGCUGAAGAAUGGUGAACUUACUGCAGAAGAAAACACCAAAGUGACUGAUCUUUGCCUGUCCUGGGAUCUUCCAUUUCCAACCUCCACCAAUCGUGUCUGGCUGUUCCAGGAACUGCUUUCACAUGCAGUACUUCACCGUGUUAAACAGCCAAUUAAACAAAUACGGAAAGGCCUUAAACAAACAGGAAUCUGGCCACUUCUUUCUGAUAGGCCAGAUGUCCACCCCUUCAUUUUCCCAAGGGAGUCAAGUGAGGAGCUUAACCCACAGACCGUGAUCCAGAACAUUACCUGGCCACAACCUAACUUUGACAGCGACGAGGAUGAGGACGACACUGUUCCAUUGGAGAAAAUCAGUCUUGUCACUGGAUUUUUGAGAAAAUUCAUAGAGGAAGCGCCACCAGAUGUGCUGCGUCACCUGAUGAAGUUUUGGGUGGGGUGGGAACUGCCAACAACAAAACUCAAUGUUGAGGUUGUAACCUCAACUUAUCCAGUGGCUCUCACCUGCUUCUUCAAGUUGAAGCUCCCCAGCCACUACCAGACCUACAAGAUUUUUCACCAGGACUUGAUGAUGGCCCUCAGUUCCAUAAGUUCUGGCUUUGGACUUGUGUAGGUAUAAAUGUCAUCAACUUCUUGUACUCAGUCACUCUUUUGAAAUGGAGUCACUUAAAAGGGCAAUUCCUGCUAAUUUAUGCACCAUUAACGUUCUAAAGUUUGAAUAUUCUACUUGUCAGGCACCACCUUCACCUGUCAAAUACUUUUGAGUUGGUUUGGUGAUUGGCUUUAGCCUGUGUUUUUUUUUCUAAAGUUCUUUUUAGUGAUUUUCAUGUUCUUAAUCUAGCUGCUAGUGUUCUUUUGUGAUGUCCUCUGCAGUGCAAUGAGCUUGGAUCAUUUAAAGAUCUCUUUGAGAGCUGUGGCAGCUUUCUUGGCCUCUCUAGUUCAUUAAGCUCAGACUUCCAUAUACAUUUAGUUGUAAUUAUUGAACAGUUUAUACAGCUAGUACAUGUUUAAUACAUUCAGAUGUUGAGGUAGAUACCAGUUUCUCAAAUAUUACUGUUGCCCUUUUACAGUAAUGUUCUAAAUUACCGUGUGUACACCUAACACUGUUGGUUUUGUAAAGCAAAUUUGUCUAAAUUUGUUAUCCCUUUACAGUGAUGUGUUGUAAAUACAACUGUACUGCUACAUUUGAUAAAUUUACA